AUGGUUGGCAAAAAGAAGGCCUCCUUUCGGCCAAAACCCAAGGUUAACGACUACGCUACAAUCAAGAAAAACCAGCAAAAAAGGAAGCAAGCUGCUUCUGCCUUGGCCAAGGAUAAUGAGGCGCAGGAUGAGCUAGACAACAAGCCGGCCUUGUCGGACAAUGACCAAAAACAACAGCAGCGUGUUCUAGACAUCUUCCGCCAUGCGUUUAGCGAGGCUCUCACAUCAUCAACCCUCACCACCACCUUGCAAUCAGUGAAACAAGCCCUCUAUGAUCGAGAUUUUGCGAGGGCCUUUGGUGAUCCAGAGCACUUGGAAGUGUAUGCGGCACGAUGGAGCCCGACUAGAGCUUUGUGUUAUGCCUCUGUGUUGGAAAGGAUAAAGGAGCAUCUUGAACCGCUAUCAGAUGGUGAUGAGACAGAGACGGAAUCGACGACCGACACACAAAAACCACAAAAUCUCAGGAUUCUCUCCGUCGGUGGCGGCGCGGCCGAACUCGUCGCCCUCGGAGCAUUCGUCAACCAGAACCCUUCACCACUAUCAGGCUCCAUAACCCUCCUCGACUCUGGCCCCUGGGAAACCAUCGUCGCCAAACUCACCACAGCCCUUACCACCCCUCCCCCGGUUUCCAAAUACGCCAGUGAAGCGGUCAAACUCUCCAACGCCGCCAUGGUCCCCCCCUCGCGCCUCACGACAACCUUCCGCCAACAAGAUGUCCUCACAUUCGACAAAGAUAGCUUUCCUUCCCUCCUUGGCACCACUCCUCUCCUCGUUACGAUCCUCUUCACCCUCAACGAGCUCUUCACAACAAGCGGCAUCGGCAAGCCCACUACCUUCCUACUCAACCUCACCACUACAAUCCCGCUCGGCUCUCUGCUACUGGUCGUCGACAGUCCCGGCAGCUACUCCGAGACCACCGUUGGCAAGGAAGCGAAACGAUACCCGAUGCACUGGCUGCUGGACGAGAUUCUGCUUCGCACCAAGCCCGAGAACGUCAACGGGCGCCGGUGGGUCAAGAUUGAGUCCCAUGAAUCAGUUUGGUUCCGCCUAGCGAGUGAAGGGUUGGAUUACCCAGUCGCGCUCGAGAACAUGCGGUAUCAGAUGCACCUUUACAGGGCAGAGGAUGCGUCCCAGCAGCAGGAGGAUGACCAAGAGUCUGUUAUCUCGGUUUGA